AUGGAUCCUGAAGUGAGGCUUAGUAGCCCACCAGGGAAGCCCAAAGACUCAUCCAGUGUUGAUGGUCAGUCAGUGGGGACCCCAGUUGGACCAGAAACUGGAGGAGAGAAAGAUGGACCAGAAGAAGAGGACUUUGAUGACCUCACCCAAGAUGAGGAAGAUGAAAUGUCAUCAGCUUCUGAGGAAUCUGUGUUUUCUGUCCCAGAACUCCAGUUUUAUAAGAAGACCAAACAGCUGCCAGGCUUAGUAAAAUGCUGUGAAGAGAUCCAGCCACAUCAGUGGAAGCCACCUGUAGAGAGAGAAGAACACCGGCUCCCAUUCUGGUUAAAGGCCAGUCUGCCAUCCAUCCAGGAAGAACUGCGGCACAUGGCUGAUGGUGCUAGAGAGGUAGGACAUGUGACUGGAACCACUGAGAUCAACUCAGAUUGAAGCCUAGAAAAAGACAAUUUGGAGUUGGAGAGUGAAAGUCGGUACCCACUGCUAUUGCCUAAGGGUGUGGUCCUGAAACUGAAGCCAGUUGCCAACCGUUUCCCCAGGAAGGCUUGGAGACAGAAGCGUUCAUCAGUCUUGAAGCCCCUCCUUCUCCAACCAAACCCCUCUCUCCAGCCUAGCUUCAACCCUGGGAAAACACCAGCCCAAUCAACUCAUUCAGAAGCCUCUCCGAGCAAAAUGGUGCUCCGAAUUCCUCACCUGAUCCAGCCAGCCACUGUCUUACAGACAGUUCCAGGUGUCCCUCCACUGGGGGUCAGUGGAGGUGAGAGUUUUGAGUCUCCUGCAGCACUGCCUGCUAUGCCCCCUGAGGGCAGGACAAGCUUCCCUCUGUCUGAAUCCCAGACUUUGCUCUCUUCUGCCCCUGUGCCCAAGGUAAUGCUGCCCUUCCUUGCCCCUUCUAAGUUUCGGAAGCCAUAUGUGAGACGCAGACCCUCAAAGAGAAGGGGAGUCAAGGCCUCUCGCUGUAUGAAACCUGCCCCUGUUAUCCACCACCCUGCAUCUGUUAUCUUCACUGUUCCUGCUACCACUGUGAAGAUUGUGAGCCUUGGCAGUGGCUGUAACAUGAUCUAGCCUGUCAAUGCGGCUGUGUCCCAGAGUCCCCAGACUAUUCCCAUUAACCCUACUUCCUUCCCCUGUCAAUUGAACCAGCCCCUUGUGGCCUCCUCUGUCUCACCCUUAAUUGUUUGUGGCAAUUCUGUGAAUCUUCCUAUACCUUCCACCCCUGAAGAUAAGGCCCACGUGAAUGUGGACAUUGCUUGUGCUGUGGCUAAUGGGGAAAAUGCCUUUCAGGGCCUAGAACCCAAAUUAGAGCCCCAGGAACUAUCUCCUCUCUCUGCUACUGUUUUCUCCAAAGUGGAACAUAGCCCAGGGCCUCCAUCAGCAGAUGCAGAGUGCCAAGAAGGAUUGUUAGAGAACAGUGCCUAUUGCUGGAUUGUUGUGAAAACAGAGGAGGGAAGACAAGCUCUGGAGCCGCUGCCUCAGGGCAUCCAGGAGUCUCUAAACAACUCUUCCCCUGGGGAUUUAGAGGAAGUUGUCAAGGUGGAACCUGAAGAUGCUACAGAGGAAAUCAGUGGAUCCCCUGAGCGUGAUAUUUGUGAUGACAUCAAAGAGGAACAUGCUGUGGAAUUGGACACUGGCGUCGCAAGCGAGGAGUUGAACAGUGCUAGAGAGGUAAAGAAACAGACAGUCUUACAGAAGGAAGAGGAGAGGAGUCAGCCAGCUAAAACCCCUUCAUCUUCUCAAGAGCACCCUGAUGAAGGAACCUCAGGGACAGAUGUGAACAAAGGAUCAUCAAAGAAUGCUUUGUUUGAGGAGCAGCAGGCUUUUGAGAAGAGCCGCAAGUUCCUUCGGCAGCUGGAGAUUUGCUUUGCAGAGAACCCCUCACACCACCAGAAGAUUAUCAAGGUCCUCCAGGGCUGUGCAGACUGCCUUCCGCAGGAGAUCACCGAGGUCUGUGACAGCAAAUCCUACAAGAGCAAGGAGCCCCAUGAGGCCACCCAGAGCAGGACUGUCAGGACCACCAGAAAGGGAGAGAUGCCUUUUUCAGGAUUGCCAGUGGGGGCCACUUUGCCGUCCCCUCGAGAAGUGACUCUUACAAAACAGCUCCUCCUGGAUGGCCCACCACCUCAUUCACCAGAGACUCCUCAAUUUCCCCCCAAAACUGGAGCUGUACUGUACACUGUUAAGAGAAACCAGGUUGGGCCUGAGGCUCUCUCCUGCCCCAAGGCAUCCCCCAGACUUCAGAAAGAGAGGGAGGGCCAAAAGGCAGUGGGUGAGUCAGAGGCUUUGAUGCUGGUCUGGGAUGCAUCAGAAACUGAGCAAUUGCCUGGUACCGUGGAACCCCAUGCUUCCUUCCUGAGUCCUGUUUCCUCAAAGACCAGAGAUGCAGGGAGAAGACAUGUGUCCGGGAAACCAGACACUCAAGAGAGAUGGCUGCCCUCAAGCAGAGGUAGGGUGAAGACAAGAGACAGGACAUCCCCUGUCCAUGAAUCUCCAUCAGGAAUUGACACGUCAGAGACUUCUCCCAAAGCCCCUAGAGGGGGUUUGUCUAAAGACAGUGGAACACAGGGCAAAGGUCCAGAGGGAGAGCAGCAGCCAAAGGCCACAGAAGCUACAGUGUGUGCCAACAACAGCAAGGUCAGCUCCACUGGGGAAAAGGUUGUCCUGUGGACAAGGAAAGCUGACCGUGUGAUCCUCACCAUGUGCCAGGAGCAAGGGGCACAGCCACAGACCUUCAGCAUCAUCUCCCAGCAGCUGGGAAAUAAGACACCUGCUGAGGUCUCCCACCGUUUUCGAGAACUCAUGCAGCUCUUCCACACUGCCUGUGAAGCCAGCUCUGAGGAUGAGGAUGAUGCAACCAGUACCAGCAAUGCAGACCAGCUGUCUGACCGUGGGGACCUUCUGUCUGAAGAGGAGCUGGAUGAAUGAGACUCUGGGAAUACUUGGGUAUCAUCUACACAGGACCAAACCCAGCAGGUGCCCUGUCAUUAGGCAGGAGGGUAGUUGUACUCUGCUUGUACAGUCCUUGCGCCCAGUUUACAGACCGGGAGAGGAGCCCAGGACGAGGACAAAGGCUGGAGGAUGGAGUAGGACCCAGGGGCUCUGCCAUCCUAGGCACCAUUCAAGGUCUUUUAUGAAGACCUUACAGAUCUCCUCUGUAAAUAGCAUCGAGUGAGAGUGGAGCUCAGCUCCUUUCUCUACUUUUUUUUGGUCUGAUGGCACAUAUUUAUUGUUCUGUGGUCUAAUCACAGUGUUUCUAAAUGUAAAAAGUGCAUAUGUUGGUGUAGCUAGUCCUGCGACAUCGAGCUCCUCUGCACGAAGACACUGGGCUCCUGCAUCCAGCUGUUUUUAUUGCACACUAGCUCCUCUCUCCCACACUGGGAACUUUAGUCCACGAGGCUGUC